AUGGCCAAAGAUGUCGACUCUGCUGGGCCUAAGCUGCCUGUGCAGCAGCUCGCUAUUCUCGGUACGCAAACACUCCCAAACGGAUGCAACUGCUCUGUCGUUGCUGCCCCCAUCACCCUUGCUGAUGUCCUCCUCUACCCUCCUCUCUCACCAGCCGUCGCCCGCUUCGCAGAGCCCAUCGCCUAUACUUCUGUGAACCCCUACCUCCCGGACAUGAUUCGCGACUUUGGCGUCGCCGAAAACGACAUUGCCACCUGGGCCGGCCUCACAGCGGCCGCCUUCUCCCUCGCCCAGAGCGUCACCGCCGUGCCUUGGGGCCGCGCCGCUGACCGCUACGGCCGCAAGCCCGUCCUCAUCGCCGGCCUGCUCAGCACCAUGACGUGCUUCAUUAUCUGGGGCCUGUCGACCAGCCUGCCCAUGGCCAUUACCGUUCGCGCCAUUCAAGGCGGUGGCAACGGAAACGUCGGCAUCAUCCGAACCAUGGUGGCCGAGAUGGUACCGGAGCGAGAACUUCAGCCCCGCGCCUUUUCCAUCAUGCCGCUCGUCUGGUCGCUCGGCUCCGUCGUCGGCCCUGCCUUUGGUGGCUUCUUCGCCAAGCCCGCCGAGCAGUACCCGGGUCUUUUCGGCGGCAUCCCCUUCUUCACCACCUUUCCCUAUGCGCUCCCCAACUUGCUUGCCACCGUCUUCUUCCUCAUCUCCGUCUGUAGCGCCACAUUCUUUCUCAAGGAAACGCUCGAGACGAAGCGUGACCACACAGACUGGGGCCUGUUGGUCGGUCAGCGCUUCAAACGCGCCUUUUCGCGGAGACGUAUCAUCAAGCCCCGCGGCCGUACCUCGUCAUUUGUCGACGGUGAAGCCACGGCGCCGCUCGUCCCCUCGAGGCCCUUGGCACGCGGCGGCAAGGCCCGGGGCCCGUCCGCGACGCUUCGUGAGAUCUUCACCUACCAGACCGUCGUCACGCUGCUCUCCUACUCCUUUCUCGCGUUCCACUCGGUCGCCUAUGACCAAAACAUUACCGUCUUCCUCAGCACGCCUGUCGAGCCGCGCACGCCCGACAACUACCGGCCGCCCUUGUACUUUAACGGCGGCUUCGGCCUCGACCCGGGCACCAUUGGCACAAUCUUCAUUAUCUACGGCGUUACCAGCGCCGCCGUGCAGUUUAUUCUCUAUCCGGCUCUCGUCGCUCGUUACGGCGUCCUGCGCGCCUUUCGCGCCUGCUGUAUGUCUUUCCACUGCCUCUCGCUUGAAAAUAAGAAGAAGAAAACGCACACCUCGUACAAUACUGACCGACUUGUCUCACCAGCCAUUGCCCUCCCCAUCGUCUACUUCAUCACGCCCUACGCCUCCCUCUUCCCCACCCCUCGCGCGCGCUUCCUCGCCAUCGUCGGCGUCAUGGUCCUCAAGGCGUUUUGCAUCAUCGUCGCCUUCCCCUCCACCACCAUCCUCCUCACCAACUCGUGCACCUCCCUUCGCAUCCUAUCCUCCCUCAACGGCUUCGCCACCAUGUUCAGCGCCCUCUGCCGCGCCCUCGGGCCCGCAUCGGCCGGCUGGGUCUUUACCCAAGGCGUUGACCGCGGCUACGUCGUCGCCGCCUACUUUUUCCUCGGUCUCGUCGCCCUGAUUGGCGCCGUGCCAGGGUUCCUCAUCGUCGAGGGGGCUGGACCCACGGCCGGACGUACUACUGCGACGGCCGAGGAGGGAGAGGAGUCAGAGAGUAGCAGUGGCGGCGGCAGAGGGAGUGCGGUGCUGCUGCCCAACGAGUCGGCCGUGGUGGGCAGCGAUGAUGACGAUGAUGACGACGACGACGACGACAGCGAUGAGAGGCAGCCACUAAUCAAGGGCCAUGAAAACGCCGGCACAAACUACCGAUCCAUUGCUAGACGUUAG